AUGACGGAUGAACAUCUGCAGCCGCCCCCACCGCACAUACAGGCAGGAGAAUCAGAUGAAGCGCCGCCCCCACUGACGUCUUCUUCAGCGGCCCAACCAUUCCAAACGACCGCAGCCGCCAAACCAGCCCAACUAUCUCCACCGACCUCACCGGCCUCAACAGCCACAUCGGCCACACAGGCAGCAUCGGCCACACCAGCCAUACCGGCUACACCAGCUGUUCCACCGGUCGGUAUGGGAAGAGGGGCAUCGGCUUUGCGGAAUUUGGAAGACUUUACAGGUUGA